AUGAUACAUUCUAGGACCAUUACCAGCAGCUUGUGCUGUUUCUUUCUAAUCUUGGUCACUGGCCAGCAACAUGGAGCUCAAGCGUUCUCCACAGCCACCACAAGAUCUUUGGAUUCUCGUUUGUCAUUUGUCGCUUCAUCAUCAGCAUCAGCAUCAUCAUCAUCAGCGAUUCAGCACCAGACCACGAAAACAAGAAGAUCCACUCAGCUACUGAGCAUGUGGAGCAGUGAUGAUGAAAUUGAAGGCAUUGAUAAAUUCAAAUCCUGUAUUCCCUACAUGCUUCCUUUAUUGGAUGGCGAAGGCUUUGGAAAGUUCAUUUACGAACGAGUCCCUCCUCUUGGAUUCUUGGACAGCUUGUUCAUUGGACCCCUCUACGAAUCUUAUAGUCGCUUUCCCUUUUUUGGAACCUUGAUUUUUAUUGGACUUACACUGGGGACUCGGGGAAAUACCGACAUGAGUCGGAACUUACGGUUCAAUGCCCAACAAGCGGCUCUGAUUGACGUGGCGCUGAUAGUGCCAGAACUCAUUGGAAGUGGCUUUGAUGGAGAAGACAUUCCAAGAUAUCUACAAGAACCUUGUAUGAACUUUGUAUGGUAUUUCUACAUGUCCAUGGUUUUGUAUUCUAUUUUCAGUAAUCUACAAGGAAAGAAACCAAAUAAAAUUCCAUGGAUCAGUGAUUAUGCAGAAAUCAUGGUUGGACCAUUUUAA